ACCUAUAAUUAAUACACUCAUUAUUCAUAUUAUCAAUUAUCAUUUAUUUUUAGUUUGUUACUAAUAUUAUAUUUCAAAAGUUUCGAAAUUUAAUAUAUAAUUUUUUUUUUUAAUAUAUUCUUUAAAUAAUUUAAAUAUAUAAUUUAUAUUUUAAAUAUAUUCUUUACUUUUUGAAAUAUUCGAAAUUUUAAUAUAUAUAUAAAAUUUUGAAAAUUUAUUAAAUUUUCGAAAUUUAAUAUAUUAUUUUUUUAAAUAUAAAAAAAAUAUAUAUGAAAAUGUCGAGAGAGUCCGAUAGAAGGUCUGUGAAUAUGGGCGCCGUGAACCGAAGUUUGAGGAGAGUCAAAGCUAAAGCCACAUCCGACGGUUCAACCUCACGCGGUUCUCGAGGAAGACACUUCGUCUCUUCCUUUCAUACUAUCCCCGAUCAAUUCAUCGGGGACGGUAUGACGGAUCAAGAAUUCGACCACUACAUUUCUGGUAGAGGGGACGCGAAUCUCCCCACUCUUGAUAGUUUAUUCGAGGAUGUUGAUGAAGCAGGACUGGACAAUCUGGACGGGGACAAGGAGCCUACACCGCACAGCAACGACGUCGACGAGGAGGCAGGUGAGCCCGAGACCUCUCAAGGUCCGGACAAAGGAAUAUCAAGGGUUAUACGGUACUGUACCAGAAGAAACAACACCUCCUCCGCCCCCCAAAUAAAAAAAAAAGGUUUUAAAGGAAUAGUCGGUGGGCUUCUUGCAAAGAAAGGGAAGCGUGCUCAGCCUUCAACGAGUUCAAGUGGUACAACUGUAAGCUCGCACAACGAACUUGCUAUGUACCAAGGGGUGCCAUGCGAUUACGACGACGACGACGUGGAGUUUGACGUCCUCGGAUGGUGGAAGCGGAACGAACACAUGUUCCCAUGUCUCGGAAUGCUAGCAAGACAAGUGUUGUCCGUCCCGGUAUCAACAGUAGCAGUUGAACGAGAAUUCAGUGCUCGCGGCAACAUUCUAACCGACUACUGAUGUUGUCUUAAUGCUGAAUCUCUUAAACACUUGUUUGCAAACAAGAUUGGCUCUUGGCAAGACGUCGAGCUCAAGAGUCAGGAUAUGAAUUCAAUUCGGAGCAUUACAUGAAUGCAACCACAGAUGGAAGUCCGAGUUCUGAGGAAUAAGUUAUAAACUUUUUUUAUGUUA